GGCAACAGUGCUUGCUUCUAUCAGUAUAGCACUCCGCUCGUCCAGCAGUUUUCGAUAAAAUUCGGUUGCGUGAUAAGCUUAUGUGUGUGAAAACAUUAAAUUUAUUUUACUCUCUAGAUCACGUAAAACGUGUUAUUCGAUUGAUUUAACUCAUUUAUCCGCGAACGAUCAAGUGUAGUCGCAAUUACGAGUGUGGAUCGUGAAUAUUUUAUUAGAUUCUAGAAAAAAAGUAUUUGAUUUGACAUCUAGCAUUUCGCAAGUUUGACAAAGCUGUUUAUUUGUGUAUGCUGUGAUUGUCGUGUGUAAAUUCGGAGAUAUUGGUGUUGUAUUAGUGCGUUCGUUGGUCGAUAACAGGUGAUGUGGUGAACGAAGUGUCUGUUUUAGUGAAGUUUGUUAAGUAUCGUGAUGUGUUGGUGCCUGCACUCAGCUCAUUCGACCAUGGUGCGGAAGGGAGAUAGACAAAUCAGCUUUUCCUCAUAAUGGGGUAUUCCUCACCGCGGCCGCGUCGUACCGCCGCCCACCAUGCUGCGUCCGGAGUCGCCCCUCGCUGACCACCGCAGCCUCCUGCCGCGCCGCCUCCUCCCCGUCAAGGCUCAAAUAGCCCCCGCCGACAAACGCAAGAACCGCCGCUCCCUCGAACUCAACCCUCCCACCGACUACGAGUACCCUAAGCUCCUCAUCUCCAAAACUACUGAUUCACUGAACACAACAAAGAAGCAAGAAUCCGCCGAUAGCUUGAAGAGACUCUUAAAAGACGAUAAGAAGAAAGUCGUUAAACAGGAUUCUACUGAGAGUCUUAAGAAAGCUUUCUUAAGCCGACAAGACUCUAAUGAUAGUAAGAAGGAACCUAAACGACCAAAGCAGGAUGUCAAACCUGAAGUCAAACGGGGAAGCGAUAAAAAGGCUUUACUCGAAACAGACAAUUUUGAGGAGACUUGUAAAAGACUAUACGAACGAAGGACAGGCUCCGCUCGUCCGUCUUUACCCCCCGUAGCUGAGAAAGGGCUCGAAUCUCCAGAAUCUCCAAACAGGAGUCCUUUAACUCCUGGAGUAGCUGCUAUAGCUGAGGGCGUGGUUCGGUGGGGAAGUGGCUUGCUUUCGCCCAAAGAAGAGCCUAGGUUGAGGACAGCUAGGAGCUGGUAUGGAUAUGGAACGCUGCCGACUGAUAGCGAAAAGUUGGGAGCAGGCGCGACGGGCCCCGGAGCCAGGGCGCUAGAACUGAUCCUCAGCGGAGGCCUUAAGUCUCUGGCGAGGCCCGCCCGGCCUGUCCGCAGGGCUGCGUCCCGGGACUCAGUGCUGUCGCAGCCGCAGCCGCUACUUGAAGGCCUCCGCAAAUGCUCGACAGUGCUCGCGCUCACCGACCGCGAGAAGGUCACCGAGCCGAUCCGCGCCCACAACCGUCUUCGAGCACCCUCCGUCUGCUCCCGAUGCUCCUCGCUGCUGUCCCUGGCCGGCGCCGGAUCCAGAUACUCCCUGGACGGCGCCGGCGGCGGCUUCGUACCGGCCGCUCCGGUGAACUGCAAGCUUUGCUUGGAAGACGCCGCUCCCGACAAGGUGACCGUCAUCGCUGGCUGCGGCUGCGCGUACUGCACUAAGUGCAUGAAAGCGUACGUGGAGUUCGAAGUAUGCAACGGAGCUUACGAAGUGUCAUGUCCAGACGCUCGGUGCCGGGCGGGUGCAGCGCUGGCCCUUGAGGAGAUCUCGCAACUGGUCGACGCCAGCGUCAUGGAGAAACAUCUCAAGUUUAGGCUUAACCAUGAAGUGGCGAUGGACGCGAACCGCGCGUUCUGUCCCCGCGUCGGUUGCGACACCGUCGUGUCGCUGCGCGCCGCCAGCCCCGCGCACUGCCCGACAUGUCGGCACGAUUUUUGCUCGCAGUGCAACCAGGAAUGGCACGGCAGCAUGUCCUGCGAGGCGGCAGCGGCGUCGUCCUCCAUGGCCGGCGCCGGCGCCCCGCUCCUGCCCGACUCGGAGCUCAUAAAACUGUGCCCGAUGUGCCGUGUCCCUAUCGAGAAGGAUGAGGGCUGCGCGCAGAUGAUGUGCAAGCGGUGCAAGCAUGUGUUCUGCUGGUACUGCCUCGCGUCGCUCGAUGAUGACUUCUUGCUCCGCCACUACGACAAAGGACCAUGUAAGAACAAGCUGGGACACUCGCGCGCCUCAGUUCUGUGGCACAGAGCACAGGUGGUGGGCAUAUUCGCCGGGUUCGGCUUGCUCCUGCUGGUCGCCAGCCCGCUGCUGCUGCUGGCCGCGCCCUGCAUCGUCUGCUGCAAGUGCAGAUUAUGCAACCCAAGCACGAAAAAUCUCGAAGAAGUCGACGAAAUCGAGAGCAUCAGUCCCGGACGCGAAGACGACGACGAAAUAACACGCGCGAGGUACCUCUCCGACUGACGCACGCGCUCCGAGGGGGGCGCCGGCCGGUGGUAGGCCGCGCGCACGUGGCGAGGUGAGCGGUGCGAGUCCAACGUGGAAGAGGUUAGCAGUGAUUGGUUAAACGUAGAAAAAGUGAACAGUGAUUGGCUAAACGUAUCCUACAAGUCGUCGCCGAUGGAUUUUUGUUGUGAGAUAUUUUGGUCAACGUUUAGUGCAGGAAGAAAGGACUGAAGAACUGGUUGGGCUUUAGUGUAAAUAGUUUGAAGCCGACUGAUGGGAAUCCGGCGCGACGGAAAUGGUCAGCGGUGAACCAUGUGAAGAAGAGUGAUCAUUGAUUUUACGCGACAAUCUUUCAACUGUUGUAUAAUAUGGUUGGCUAUCUAUCAAAUUUUGACGAACAACCAUUGAGUUGAUGAAUUGAUAUAAAGGGGCUGAAUGAGUCACGAUUUCAUUAAAGAAGUUGAUAAGUUACGAAGAAUCUUGUUCGAAUUCGAACAUUCAGCCAUUGAACUUCGUAUAGAGAUUUUUGCCAAGCGAAUAGCGGCGAUAAUGUAAACUGAACACUAUUAUUGUAUAAAUACUUACUAGAUUCUGGCCAAGGUUAUGUAUGUGACAUUGACUUUUGAUUGCAGCAGUACUCAGAAAACGAAAUUGGAAGCAUUAUCUAUCAAAUACUAUUUAAAAAGAGCUUAAGAUUGUUGCUUCCAAUUUCGUUUUAGGAGUCGCUCAGGGAUUAAAUAUUGGUAAAGAAAUUUGCGGCCCCUAUCGUAUUUAAUGUUGCAUGUUUGUACAUCGCUGUUUUUUGUGAUUACUGACGAUGAAUGACGAAAUCCAGACCUUAAAUAAAUAUUGUCAGUUCAAGGUCGUUCUUCAAUUGAAAGUUGUUGUAAUUUGUAUGACUUCUCAACUUGGCUUGUAAUAUCUAAAGCCAUAUUGUGAUCUCUGAUUGUUAUUUGGACUCUUGGAUCAAAUGAAAAAUUUUGCGGCAGUAAAGAUUUAUAGGUUAUAUAAAUAUUCUGCAUAUAUGUACUUUAAAACAGCUUAUAGCUCACAUAUUGAUUUGAAGCUUGUUAUUUUUGUUUUUAGGUUGGAAUGGGAUAAAAGAGACUGAUAUCGAUGGAUGUGUAUUCGAGUGCCAAUGUUUUUCUUUCCGUUUUCCACUAAUGCCAAUUUAUUUACGCUUUUUUCCAACUUUUGGUCUUUUCGACUGCGUAAAUUACAUCGAAAACAUUUAUGGAGACGUAAUUUCUUAUGUUGACAAUGUAAUUGAUGAUGCGGUGAAGAGAAUUUUAUAUAUAAUAUCUAACAAUUCUAAAAUUUGCGUCAAAAUUCUAAGAACAAAUUUAUAAAAAUGGUACAUUUCUUUCAGUAAUUAUAUAGAAAAUGCUGAAGUUGCUAAGCGGGCGAAGUGUUCAAAUUGUUAUGAGAAUAAAACCGUGUGUUGAUCAUUUUGAACAUCUGACCCGUUUAGCUACUUCUAGUAAUUAAUGUACCUGUAUAAUAAAUAUAAAGUCUUCGACAACGAAUCUUUGAAGGAUUUUGGAACUUUCUCGAGCGAUUUAGAAUAAAGAUUACGGACAUGUAUCAUGAUUUUUCACAUGUAAUAUUGAGCUGCCUUUCAUCUGUAACAAUGGCAGGCUCCAUAAUGUAAUUUAGGCAUGUUAAAGUGGAACUCAUAAAAUUAACCUGGUAAAUCUGGUAAUGAUGGAUAUUACUUAUAAUAUGUAUAUUUUUUUAUAAAAUAUAGUAUGCAAAGCGUACUUGCGUAUUAUUUGAUUAAUAACACGUUUUUGAAAAGAUACUUAGGCUUGUUACUUCAAAUCUAACUUCUAUAUUAAAUUUAAUAAAGCGGGAACCUUUUUCAUAUGAAAUAUCUUUCUUGUAUAACAGCUGUCAUCUCGAGGUUUCAAAGGUUAUAUAUUGCAUGUAUAUAUCUGAAGGUUGUCUGGAAGAGAUCGCUCUUUAGCGAAAAGGCCGCCUUUUGUUUUACCUCUGUCUUUAUGUAUUAUGUGUGUUUCCUUGUAAAUCUAUUUUCAGGUUGUGCAAUAAAGAGUAUUUUUAUUUGUAUAGACAGCUCUCACGGUACCCAAACUAUGUGAUAUACUGAUAUAUGAAUACUAUAAAAUAUAAAUCUGGGGGCACCGCAGUUCCCCCGCCAAGUCGAGCGCGAAGCAAACACUGCCGUACCAUCCUUUACUGGAACCAUUUCGCCGCAUUUUCAGGCCCCUAUUUAUUAUAAGACCAGAACGCAGAAAUUUUCGUCAUCCAGUAUAGCUUACUGGUCAGGUAAGGGUGAAGGGUACACAAGGGUACAAAACCAGGCGACACAUUGGUGCAAUGGUGUCAUGGAGCACCUGGUUUUGUACCCUUGUGUACCCUUCAACGGUCAAGUCACACAGCAUUAACUAUAAUAAUAAAGAAAUCGCAGUAAGGAACCUUAGACUUGGCACGAAUUAGUCUAGAUUUCAUUACUUUUUAGAGAUAAACAAGCAGCUCCAUCGAGAUUUGGCUAGUUUUUUACAGAAUGUUUUUGGUGGGAUUAUCAUUACAGUACACAUCUCAUAUUACAAGACUGAUAUUUUAUUUGAAAGAGGCCCCUUUCUUAAAAGUGUUAAUACACUUUCAAUACUAAUUUGACAAAAUUGAGGCAAUAUUUUGAUACUUAGAAAUGAAAGUGUCAGCUAUUUUUCCCUAUAAUAGGCUAUUUCUUAAAUAAAUCUUCUAGAUUUCUAGAUAAAACACAAAAAUUGUUGACGAAGCACAAAAAUAAAAACAUUUUUGACAAAUGAUCUAUUAUUGUCCAUUUUAUUAAAACUACUUAUCUAUAUUUCUCUUAAAUCUCUUUAUCAAAUAAUUCUGGCAUCCCAUCACUCUUUCGUAUUUCCUCAAAUUAUUCAUAAGAAAACAAAAGUAGGUACCUACAGUAAAAUAUAAAAUCGGUCAAAAAACAAUAGUGUUAAUAAAAUGGACAAUCGUUCUUCUGAAGGUCUAUGGUUGUCGCGUUAUUGCGCGAUAAAGCGUUUGUCUCAUAAGCCUGGGCCACACCAAAGAGAGUUUUAAAUAUAGGUGGAUUGUCAAAGAAAACUUUGUAACCACAGUAAAUUUACUGCCGUCUUUCGUCACAUGAUUAAAACUUGUAGAACGCCAUUUGACUUUGAUCCUUAUUCUUUCAGUGAUAUGUGUUAAAUUUAUUAAAUAUCAAAAACGCCAUCUUACCGGGCAUCGGCUAAAGGUCAUCAUCGCUCGAAACGAUGGCUUUGAUCUAUUAGAUGGCGCCACUUUUUGAUAUUUAACAAAUUUAAAACAUAUCAGUGAAAGAAUAAGGAUCAAAUUCAAAUGGCGUUCUAAAAAAAUUAAACAUGUGUAGAAAGAUGGCAGUAAAUUUACUGUUGCUACAAAGUUUUCUUUGACAAUUAACCUCUAUUUCAAAUUCUCUUUGGCCACGGUUAGUGUGGCCCCGCAUUAGUGACAACUUUAUUUUUAUCAUUCGGUAAAGUGACAAUCUGACGCCUGACCUCUCUCUUACAUCGAUAACGAAAUUAUAAGAUUUCUUCUCAAUUUAGAUUCGUAGUAAAAGGUCCAAAGUAUUAGUAAAAGAUAGAGUAACUGCAAUGCAGUGUGAAACAGUGCAUAUGUCAGGAAUAUUUUUUUAAUCACCUGUGAUCCAUGGAAGGCAGUUAGUAUAAAUAGUUAGACAAGAUAUCCUGAUGACAUGCGUUUUUGAGAUUUAAAGGAGGAAUCUCCAUAUACUACUCCAUAUACCUAAUAAAGAUUCUAAGACAAAGCAGUUUAUUGUGGUAAUUUAACUGAAAAAACACAUGAUAAUGGUACCUAUUUCAUAAGUGACAAGUGCUAUUAUAAUUCACUACAAAACUACAACAGCUAUUAUGAUUGUUACAUACGAAACAGGAUCAAUAUUGUGAACUACACUUGCCCCAAAAAAGCAUGCCAUAAGGAUACCCAGAGUCUAUAUAUACGUAAUACGCACUGCUUUCAUGUCCUGCACACAGCGCCUUAACUCUUAACUUAGAUACGUUAUUUAUUAAUGUAAAUAAGGUUUAAUUAAUGUACUUAAAUAGUCGAGGAUCGGUGACGUUUUAGAAAUAAAAGUUGCACGCAGACGCUGUUUAAUGUAUAUUGUAUUGAUGUUUUAGAAAUACACAGUAUAAAUAUUACAAGUAUUGUAAAUAAAAGUGGGAAUGUCAGCUGGUGGUACUUUUAUACAAGAACCUUAAGACAAUGUAUGCUUAACUGUAAAAUCUCAAUAGCUGCCGUUUUUGAUAAGGAAACUAUCGAGAACCAUAAGUUAAGGUACAAAUUAGAACUCGGCCACGUGUCGCGACCGCAGACGAGAACUAUAGACUUCGUGUCGCCGCGUCACGUCUGUGUUAGUUUCGAACCCGACCGCAUACCACGUACUUCGCGCUGACGUCAGCGGCACUAUUAAUCUGCGGUCGGGCUCGGCGACGUGUCGCUGAGCUCGAAUGGUAUUUCAUAGAAAGAAACCAGUCAUGACGCGGCGACGUGUCGCCUGAGGUCGCCUCACGUCGUAGAGUUCCAACUUGUAUUAUACAUUUAAGCUCGAUUUUUUUGUAAGUAUAAAAUGCUACCUCGCUCUUAUUUCCAACUCUAAACCUUUGAAUCAGUGAAAAUGUAAAAAUUUCAAUACCUGCAUAUUUUCAUAAUGCUUAUUAAAGCAUUGAUCUGAAAAACUAGUGUUAUUAAAUCUGAUCUUUAAUCAAUACAGCUUAGAAUUCAAAUCUACGUGUUAGUUCUUAUACAGAGGAUGCGUGCAACAACUGCUUUUGAUCAAAACAUAUCAAUAUUAUGCAUUUUCGGGCUGGAAGUAAUGAAAUUUUAAAGAGUUUCUCAAGUAAUAAUAUGUAUUAUAUUUAAAUUACCGUAAGUUCUACUCGCAUACAAACCAAAAAUAAAACGAAUAAACACACGUAUUGAAGUCACAACUAGCCCUACAUAUUUCUGUUCUACUAACACGUAGUUUUAAAUCUUAAAUGUUACUAACCAUUAUUGAUCUGUUGAAUAAAUAAAUUGAAUUUAAGUAUUUACAAUGCAUCGGGCGUUAAUCUUCAGGUUUAUUUCGAGUGUUUUAUCUCAGCGUCGCGGCGCGCAGUGUGAAAAAAUUACGACUUCAAUAUGUGAGUUUAACCAUUUUAUAUUAAAUGUUUUAUUGAACCAAAAGCUAAAGUCAUCGGUCCCUAAGUAGCUUGUCGUAGCAGGCUAGUUAAAGCAUUUGUAGACUUAAACUGAACAUGUCUGUAGGUGGCUAGGCUAAGUUAUUGUACUGUACGUUAGGCUAAGUUGACUGUAAAAUCACUUUCGUCUAUGGUAUUCACGUAAAGACUUUUUUUUCAUUAAGUUUAAUAUUUUAUUGUGUUGGUAAGACACUUUGUAUAUAGAAAGAAGUCUAUUUUUUGUUAUCGACCUAUUCUUCUUGUUUAUUUUGUGUUGAAACAUACUUUCCGUUACUAUUAAUUGUAAACGAUUUAAUAAAGAUUUUUUUCUGACAAAUCUCA